UUUAAGCUGGGACUAUAUGCUCUACUGGGAAUCUCCCCUCAGGCACCCAGUUCUUGCAGCGUUCGUCGCACCGAUCCCGCGGUGAGGCUUGCUACGGCCUGGUUCUUUUGGGCUUGAAUCAGUGGUUAGAGGUCAACGAAGUCGCAACAAUGGCCGUCGCCAGCAGUGCCACUGUAUCGCAGCUCACAUCGGUGUCAACUUCCUCCAUCGUGAGGUCGUCCCGGAGCUUGCAGUCCAGCCCCGUGGUGUCGUUCGGCGUUAAGAAUGUGAGCCGCGUCGUGGCCAUGGCUACCAAGAAGGUUUCGGCCAGGCCUGCUGCUGGAGGCAAGAAGUCGUGGAUCCCCGCAGUGAAGGGUGGAGGCAACCUCACCGACCCCGAGUGGUUGGAUGGCUCGCUUCCCGGCGACUACGGAUUCGACCCCUUGGGCUUGGGCAGGGACCCCGCCGCCUUGAAAUGGUAUAGAGAAGCAGAGCUCAUCCACGGAAGGUGGGCAAUGGCUGCCGUUGUCGGUAUCUUCGUCGGACAGGGAUGGAGCGGCGUUCCAUGGUUCGAAGCUGGUGCUGACCCCGCCGCGCUGGCACCAUUCUCGUUCGGAAGUCUGUUGGGCACCCAGCUGCUGUUGAUGGGAUGGGUGGAGACCAAGAGGUGGAUCGACUUCUUGAAUCCCGGCACGCAGUCGGUAGAGUGGGCAACUCCGUGGUCGAGGACCGCAGAGAACUUCAACAACUCGACCGGGCUGCAGGGAUACCCCGGAGGCAAGUUCUUCGACCCAUUGGCGCUGGCAGGAUCAGUGCAGGGAGGGCAGUACGUGCCAGACUUCUCCAAGCUGGAGAGGUUGCAACUCGCCGAAAUCAAGCACGCUCGUCUUGCGAUGGUGGCGAUGCUCAUCUUCUACUUCGAAGCCGGCCAGGGAUUCACCCCUCUCGGUGCCUUGGGUCUGUAAAUACCAAUCUUUUCCUUUUUUGCACCGCAAUGUACCAUUCACCCUUUUCAAUGAAAGCGAGCCACUGGUCUGAUUAAUUCUCAGUGACCGGUGGUCGCCUAACGCUCAAAUUGGGCUAGAACUGAAUACA